AUGUUGACUAACCAAUGGCAAUAGCCGCUGAAAUAACGGGGCCAACACUCCGAAAGUCUUUCCUGAAUUGUUUGAUAAUUGGUAGUAUUUGUCUUAAUUCCUCUCGUGCAAUUAAGAGCUUCAUCCCCUUGCUAGAAAGUGCCUUUCUUUCUUCUGUUCAAGUCUCAGGGCUCAGGCUCACCCUUUUCUUCUAUUCUAUGUAACAGACCAGGUCCAGCCCUGCAUCUAUUCUUUCCUCUUACUUCCUCUUAGGUUCUCUCUCACUCUUAAAGGAUUGGGUUUUUUAGAUGGCCAUGGAUCCAAAAUUCACUGAAUUCUCUGAUUAUAUAAACGGUUAUAGAGUUGAAGAUGACACAUUUCAACUCAAUACUGGUCAGUACCCAAAUAUCACAAAUGGAUUUGAGUUUAAUGCCCCCUCUCCAGAUCUUAGCUUUAUGAAUAUGAAUCUUCCUGUUAUACAUCCUGAUCCGGACCCGGGUAUUUUUGUUCCGUCCAUUACUGUAAGUUCGCAUGGGAGCUCGUUUUCUGCAUCCACAGGCUGGAGUCCAGAGGGGGAGUCUUCCUCACCUUCCGAUGACAGUGACUCUACGGAUCCAGUUCUCAAGUACAUAAGUCAGAUGCUUAUGGAAGAGAACAUGGAUGAUAAGCCUUUUAUGCUUAGCGAUUAUUUGGCUCUUGAAGACGCAGAGAAAUCAUUAUAUGAAGUCCUGGGUGAACAAUAUCCUCCAACUAAUCAAACCCAACCUUUUCUCAGUCAGAAUACGGAGAGUCCUGAUAGUAAUCUUUGUGGUACUAGUAGUGAUUAUGGUAGUAAUGACCAUUCUAGUACUAGUAUUACCACCAGUAAUGGGACUAGUAAUUAUAUUGAUCAUCAGGGGGUUGGUGAAGUUGGAGAGCCUGCUCCUUCCUUGUUACAGGCUCCUCUUUCUGGUGACUACUAUUUCCAGCCCACUUCGCAACAGCCCAGUUCACAAUUUCCUGUCAACUCAACUAAUAGCUUGAGUAACAUAGGUAAGGGGGUGAUGGGAUCUUCUGUGAGCGAGCUUCUAGCUCAGAACAUCUUCAGUGAUAAGGAAUCUGUCUUGCAGUUCCAGAGAGGGUUUGAGGAAGCCAGUAAAUUCCUCCCUACUAGUGAUCAAUUAAUUAUUGACCUAGAGAGCAACACAUUUCCCAUGGGGCAAAAGGGUAAGGUUCCAAAAGUUGUAGUCAAGGUGGAGAAGGAUGAGAGGGAGAAUUCGCCUGAUGGGUUGGCGGGUAGGAAGAAUCAUGAACGGGAUGAUAGGGAAUUGGAAGAAGGGAGGAGUAACAAGCAAUCGGCAACUUAUACAGAAGAGAGUGAAUUGUCAGAUAUGUUUGAUAAGGUGUUACUUUAUAAUGAAGCAAAACCUUUGUGUUGUAUCGAUGAAAUUGUAAAGCAUGGAGAGACCAAAACCUUGCAGCAAAAAGAACAAUCAAAUGGAUCCAGCAUUGCAAAAACUCGUUCUAAAAAACAGGGGAAGAAGAAAGAAACAGUGGAUUUGCGGAAUCUUCUAAUUCUCUGUGCACAGGCUGUUUCUGCUGAUGAUCGUAGGACUGCUGGUGAACUGCUAAAGCAAAUUAAAGAGCACUCGUCCCCUCUUGGUGAUGGAACUCAGAGGUUGGCCUAUUUCUUUGGAAAUGGCCUUGAGGCACGCUUGGAUGGCAGUGGAGCUGUAAUUCACAAUUUUUAUGCUUCUUUAGCUUCCAAAAAGACAACAGCUGCUGAUAUCUUGAAAGCCUACAAACGUUACCUUUGUGCUUGCCCAUUUAAGAAGCUAGCAAUUUUCUUCGCAAACAAAAUGAUUUACCACAUGUCUGAGAAAGCAAGUGCCCUUCAUAUUGUUGAUUUUGGUAUCCUGUAUGGUUUUCAAUGGCCCAUUCUUAUCCAGCAUCUCUCAAAGGUUCCUGGUGGGCCUCCUAAGCUUCGUGUUACUGGAAUAGAAAUUCCCCAACGAGGCUUCCGUCCAGCAGAAAGAAUCGAGGAGACUGGUCGUCGCUUGGCAAAGUAUUGCGAGCGCUUUAAUGUUCCAUUUGAGUACAAACCUAUAGCAGCUCAAAACUGGGAAACCAUCCAAAUAGAUGAUAUCAAGAUUAAUAGCAAUGAGAUGCUUGCUGUGAAUUCUCUUUUCCGGUUUGAGAAUCUACUUGAUGAGACAGCUGAAGUGGACUGUCCUAGGAAUGCUGUGUUAAAAUUGAUCAGGAAAAUGAACCCCGAUAUUUUUGUUCACUCCAUAGUUAAUGGAUCUUACAAUGCUCCCUUCUUUUUUACAAGGUUCAGGGAGGCUUUAUUCCAUCUUUCUGCAAUAUUUGAUAUGUUUGAAAAUACAUUAUCUCGUGAAGAUCCAGCAAGGUCGAUGUUUGAGAGGGAGUUUUAUGGGCAGGAAGCAGUGAAUGUUGUAGCAUGUGAGGGCUCGGCAAGGGGUCAGAGGCCAGAGACAUACAAGCAAUGGCAGAUUCGGAUGAUAAGGGCAGGGUUUAAGCCACUUCCAUUGGACCAGGAACUGAUGAAGAAACUUAGGGAUAAGUUGACGGCUUGGUACCACAAAGAUUUUGUAAUUGAUGAAGACAACCACUGGAUGUUGCAGGGAUGGAAGGGCAGGAUUCUUUAUGCUUCCUCUUGUUGGAUACCUGCAUAGGAGUCUUGACUGGAAUAUUGGUGGAACUGAGAACAUGACCAAGAUAUUCUUUCAGGAAAGACAGGCAGGAUAACUUUAGAAUAUGGGCAAAGAUUAGAUAUGGCUACGCUUGCCUUCUCUCUGAAGAAUCUUUUGGAGUUAGAGGAUUCUAGUUGUAUGCACUGUGUACAAGAUCCUGUACAUUAACUUCAACUUGGCUCAUCUAGUGAUUUGAGAGUUAGUGAUCACGCUGUGUAGUAUCAUUUUGGAGUUGGACUUAUGGGCCAAACUAUCUACUGAAUAAAGCUUUGGAGAAAUCUACGAUCUUGUUUUUUAGAGACUGUACUAACUAAAUGUUUGCUGGCUUUCAUAUCCAGAAGUUGUAUAAUCAAAUCAUGUUCUUCCUUUCCUGGUUAUUUUCCCUCUCAGUGGUGGUGGCUUGGGGGGUUGCAUCUCAGCUUUUUGCCUGUAAAUAUUUCCAUGAGUUUGAUGUACUGCAUUUGUUCAAUAUUAGCCUAUGAAAUUUAAAUUUUGUAGAAACCUCUUUUACUACUUUAUCUACAUGUGAAUUGACUGUUCUAUAAUUCUGUUGUUUCCCCUUUUAUGGCGGUGAUCGGAAGCAAAGGCGUUGUUUUGUGAUUCAGGAGGAGCUGCUUGACAGUAAAAACAGUACUUACUGAUUCUGUUACUUAAUGAUUCAUGGAGAGAGAAAAUCAGUUUUGUUGAGUGCUGCCAACCAUCAAACUUCCUAGUUCCACCUUUAAGUCUGACCGAGGAAGAUUGUGAGCCCAUGGAGGGAAAGUGAGGAUCCAACUUUUUUUCCUUACUAUGAAAGAAGAAUUGAAGAUUCAAUUGCCAAAGGACAAAAGCAAGGGAUAGCCUGCUAAUUCAAACACAUUUGUUUAGGAACUUGUUUCAUGUCAUUGAGUUUGUGAAAUCACAUUUUCAAUGCCAUUGAGUUAAAAAUCAUAUGAAAAAUAAGAUUGAACACACUUUUCAUUUGAAGCCCUGCUUGAAGAAGAUAAUAUGACCAGAAAAUAUCUGCAUCAAUGUAUAACAAGAUUUUUCAUUUUUCUUUUCUUUUGUUCAGACCUAGUGUCAAUGUCCUUAAAUAGCACUACUAAGUCCUUAACAUUUCAAUUCCACAUUUUCCCAAGUAGCAGUCAUCUUUGAAGAAAUAGCAUGAAAAACACAAAAUUCUCAUUGAUUAUGUACUUAUACAAUUUCUUAAAAUGAAGUGUUUUUUUU